UUUUCCAUCACUAAAGCCACUUGAGGAUUGUAAAUGAGAAACAUGCGUGUGGAAGACGGGCGGAUAGUUAGUCUUGGUUUUGAACCCAUUUCUAAAACCAAGCCUCCAACGCAACGAACGGCCACCAUGCUCCAUGCGUCCGCUGUGGUCGUGUGGGAAUGGCUCAACGAACACGGGCGGUGGCGGCCCUACAGCCCGACCGUCUCCCACCACAUCGAGGCGGUGAUACGAAGCGAUCCCCGUGGUGGGAGCGUCGUGCUAGGCCAAGUCGACAACCGCCUCUCGCCCUACAUCCUAGACCUGCAGUCGAUGCACCAGUUCAGGCAGGACACAGGUAUGAUCCGGCCGGUGCGCCGUAGCUUCUACGAUCCCACGUCGGCGCCGGGCCAGGGUUGGCUGUGGGAGUGGGAGAACGACACGGGCUCCUGGACCCAGUACGACACGGAGGUCGGCAUCGCCAUCCAGACGGCCCGGGACCGCCAGCAGCCCUGGCUGGACCUGGCGCCGCUGGGCUUCUGCUACCUGGUGGACCUGCAGGGCAUGACCCAGGUCAACAGGCAGACCCAGAGACAACGCAGGAUACAGCGGAGGUCCGACGUGGCCUACCCACUAGUGUCAGGACCGGUACCCAGGAACGGAGGUGGAGGAUCGGGUCCGACUGGAGCGUUACUGGGUGUUGGGGUGUCGGGCAUAAACGGACGCGCUGUGUACACAAGCGGCGGGCAGGCGACCAUGCAGUCCCUCGCCGGGCAGCCGUGCUCCUGCCAGCAGUGCAUGCUGGUCUUUAGUGUGAAGCAGAGCACAGUGAGGUCAUCGACGCACAAGUUGGGCCACCGGCCGAGUAAACCUCAGAGUAAACCACCCAGCCCCAAAUCUGCCACCCUGGGACGGGGCCAACUCAGGAGCUCCCCCGCUAGAUCUGCGUACUCCAAAACCUUACCUCACGGACUCUCCAUAUCCCGGAACCAGUCCUCACCGCGACGGAAUGCUGCCCUCUUCGCCCGCUCCCUCUCUCUCCUCAGCGCCCAAACGGGCACCCUCUCCAUCUCCAACCGACCCCCUCCUCCCUCCCUCCCGCCCCCUCAGCCGCCCUCCUCCAAUCAGGGCCGCCGUCCGUCCGUGCCGCCCCCUCUCCCUCCUCCCCCGGCGACCGCCGUGACGUCACCGCCCUCUCCCGUGCCGUCCCCGUCGCCGCGGCCCAUGGCUCCCCAGCGCUCGGCGGCGUGCUCUGCCCCCCUGCCCCAGCGGUCCAGUCUGGCUGGGCUCAGCCGGCCCGCCCUGCAACGCAUAGCCAUGGCCCAGUCACAAGCCCUCAUUGCCUCUGGCGUGCCCACUGUCCCAGUGAAGAACCUCAGUGGGAACAGCCCGGUCCACCCAGCUCUGGCCGGUAUCACGGGGAUCCUGAUGAGCGCUGCGGGGUUCCCUGUGUGUCUCACCCGCCCACCCAAACUGGUGCUGCACCCCCCGCCCGUCAGCAAGAGGGACAUCAAGCCCGUCCCCGGCCUGGGCCACUGUUGCCGCAAGACCACCAAGAAACAGGCCCGCAAAGGUAAGACAACAGAGGAGGUGGUGAAGCAGUAUCUUCAGAAAGUCAGGAUAGCACCAGAGGAGAACUGUACCAUCUGUAUGGAGGCCCUCGGGGGGGCGUCAGGCUACAAAGGUGGUGACUUCAUAGGUCGCCUGGCCCAGUGUGGGCACCAGUACCACCUCCAGUGCCUGGUGGCCAUGUACAACAACGGCAACAAAGAUGGCAGCCUGCAGUGUCCUACCUGCAAAACCAUCUAUGGCGUGAAGACGGGCAACCAGCCGCCCGGGAAGAUGGAGUACCACGUCAUCCCCCACUCGCUGCCUGGCCACCACGACUGCAAGACCAUCCGCAUCAUCUACAACGUCUUGCCUGGCAUCCAGGGCCCAGAGCACACCAACACAGGCAAGCCCUUUACAGCCAGAGGGUUCCCGCGUCACUGCUACCUCCCAGACAGCGAGAAGGGACGCAAGGUACUCAGACUCCUGCUGACCGCGUGGGACCGGCGCCUGGUCUUCUCGGUGGGCACGUCCAGCACCACAGGCGAGUUGGACACGGUCAUCUGGAACGAGGUGCACCACAAGACGGAAUUUGGCUCCAACCUCACGGGCCACGGCUACCCCGACCCUAGCCAUCUAGACAACGUCCUGGAUGAACUGAAAGCACAGGGCAUCACCGAGGAAGAGGAGCAAUGAUAGGAGGAAGAGGAGGAGACAGGACGAUUAAUUAAUUCAGACUCUACCAGCACUUAAAUAGGGUGGCGGUUUGGUGUAGAGGGGAAAGGUCCAAUUACACUUUGGAAGAUUCUCUGAAGAUGCUGAUUGAUUGGAGGGUCCUAGAGGUUUGGGAAAUCACACAAGCACACAGCGGAGUGUUAGGGUGUUUGUUUGAGUGAUGGCACAGGAGCGAGGGAACGAGAGAGAGAAAUAGGCUCAGGCUUUGUUUAGAUUUGACUGUGGUCAAAAUGAUGACUACACAGGUAUAGUUAGAUACUAGCUAAAUAAAUUACAAAGAGUUGAGAGGUGGUACCAAGUUAUCUACUAACUAAUUUACACUACUAAAAGAGAGCGAGGGAGAGAGAGAGAGAGGGGGAGAGAGAGAAAAGGAUAGAAGAGAUCAAGAGACUGAGGGAGAGAAAGGACAAAGAUUGAGAGAUGUGAAAGGGAGGGGAAGGGUAUUAAGAAAGGAGGAAGAGAAUAGAGCGAGCAAACGAGAGAGAAGAUGGCAAGAGAAUGUAGCUAGUAUUAAAUAGGAGUAGGGUAAAUUAACUUAGAAAUGGUACUACUUUAGCAGAGACACAGGAAGAGAGAGAGAAAGAAAAGAGGGGGAGAGAGACAGACAGACAGACAGACAGACAGACAGACAGACAGACAGACAGACAGACAGACAGACAGACAGACAGACGUGCCUAUAGUAACCACCUGCUUGAGUUUGAUUAUCAAGUGGCUUGUGCCCAUUGACUGUUUAUGUGUAGUCAGACGCCACCUAGUGGCCACUCUACUGAAAAUACAUUCAAAAGACUGAAUGUUUUUUUAUUUUACUAGGCAAGUCAGUUAAGAACAAAUUCUUAUUUUCAAUGACAGCCUAGGAACAGUGGGUUAAAUGCCUGUUCAGGGGCAGAAUGACAGAUUUGUACCUUGUCAGCUCGGGGAUUUGAACAUGCAACCUUUCAGUUACUAGGCCAACGCUCUAACCACUAAGCUACGCUGCAACACGACAUGAUGAGCAAAACAAACAAAUCACACAUUUGUUUUUAUAAUGAUACUCCGCUUAUAUUUGUAUAAUGAAUGCAUUGUCGUUAUUGUCUUCAUGUAACAUCAUUCCAUGUGUCAUACCUCUUUACAUAUAUUUCAAAAUGGUAUUUUAUACUCUGAAUGAUUUGAAGUCGUGGAUGUUGUAUGCUAUGAUACGAUACGAUGACAGUUAGCCCAGAAGAUAUAUAUGGUAAUACCCAUAAAACAACCAUGAUGGGUCCUGGGAAUGACUUUCUUCCCUUCCCUUCCAAUUCAGAUAGUUGUUGAUUCUGAACCGAUGUCUUGCUGUUUGUACUGUAUGUACCUGUUGUAUGCAUGGAAAGGGGGACAUGUCAAUAAAUCGAGUGCUGCUUACUUUUAUAAAGGA